AUGGAAAGUGCAAGGGGAAGGAGAAGAAAGACAGAAGAGAAAGUGGGAAAAAUAGGAAGAAGUGAAGAGGUGAAAAGAAAUGAAAAGGCGAAGAAAAACACGGACGAUGAGAAAAAAAGGCGUUAUCGGUGCCUGACGCGCAAGGAUCAGCAGGUCAAGCCUCCUCGUUCUGAUACCCGGAACCCCUUCGUGGCGGGCUGGUAUCAGGAAUACUUGUACGUAUGCAUUGGUGAGAGAGCCGCCGUACGACCAGUCGAGUCGUGGAAUAUUCCGCCUCUCGCUACGAAAACGAAGGGCGGUUUUGCGCCGGAUAGGGCUCGACUUGUUCACAGCGAGCAGGCGUUGUACCAACAGCUACUCGGAAUCUUAAGGUUUAAGCGUUUCUGA